AUGCAGCCUUUGAAUUUCAAAUGGUGUAGUUUGUGGGUUACUCUUUUUAACUGGCUAUUAUUACUCCUGGAUGAUUGUUUUUCUGCUCUCUUGUCUUGUGUUGCUACCUUUAUUCAGGUUGCCACUGGGUUUUUUAUGUUUGUGGUUGCCUUCCCCUUCGUCCCCUUGGUUACCUGUAUGAGGUGGACUCGUCUUGAAGGUUCAGUUCUCCAGACUUGGCUCCCUUCCAUGUUGAGGUACCCAUGCUUUGGGAUGCUGCUUGGAAGGUUGAUGCCUAAUUCUGUGAGGCAAACCUUCUUUGAGUCCAAGUUCGAUGAUGCAACUAAGAAUGCUCUUCAUUCUUGGCCUGAGAACUAUUUUAGUCUCCCCCUAACCAGUUUUAUUGCAAGCUCUUCCUUGUUAUGCCUGGUCAUUUGGGUUCUCUAUACCUUGUAUUACUCUAAUUUGUGUUACGGUGUUCUGUUAGCUGCAGAAGGUUCAACUUUUCUCUGGUUCUUGCUGAUAGUACAGGGUGGUUGCUGCUGGAUUGCUCUUUUUCAGGAGCUCUUCCAAGAUUGGACCUUUGCGAAUUUCCUUUUAUGUUCGCUCUCAAACCAAACUAUAACUAAAGCGACUCGAUUCCAGAAACAUCUCAUUAUCGACCCUGUCAAUCAUUGUGGGGGUAUUUGGGCGCUUUGGAAUGAAGAUAACAUCAAGUUUUUGAAUACAACUUUAACACCCAGAUGUGCACAUUUAACAAUUCUAUAUAAACCAACUCACACCACUCUCCUCGUAUCAGGUAUCUAUUGCCCAACAAAAGAGGAGGAAAAAUCGCUCUUUUGGGAUGAUCUCUCCUCCUUCUAUGCAAACACCACUCUCCCAUGGCUCCUUAUUGGGGACUUUAAUGAACUCCUCUCCCCAAUUGAUAAACUGGGGGGGAACCCCAUUCACUCACAUCAAUGUAAACGCCUCCCGACCUUUCUGUCUAACCACCAAGCUGUCGAUGUUCCUUGUGUACAAACGGCGUACUCCUGGAAAUCUAAUCAAGACUCCUCCCUCCUUGAACGUAUUGAUCGCGCCAUUGUUGAUUCACUUUUUUACAACCUUUUUCCUAAGAGCACCGUUAAGUAUGGUAUUUUUUCGGUAUCUGAUCACGCUCCUGUCAUAUUUGACUCAAACUCUGAAUACAUCCAUUCUAAUCGCCUUUUCCGCUUUAACAACAUGUGGACGCUUGAUCAAGACUCUCAUGACAUUGUUAAAAAAGAAUGGAGAGUCCGACAGGAAGGCUCUCGUUUUUACAGGAUCCGAUCUAAACUUUAUAAUAUUAAGCUUCGCCUUCGGGAUUGGGCAAAAACAAAAUAUGGGAAUCAUAUUACUAAGUUACAAAAAAAUAGCGACAAAAUCACGGAAUUGCAAACAAAAUUAAUAAUUCAACCUUUCAAUAAUAUCCUUCAGGAUCACCUCCUACGAAUGAUUAAACAACGAGAAAAAUUACUUGCUUUCGGUCAAUCCACCUGGAAGAGUUUUAGUAAAAAACAAUGGCUUACCCAAGGUGAUCGAAACACCCGUUUCUUUCACCAAAAAAUCAAAUCCCAGUCGGCCAGGAACACGAUCUAUCGUCUACAAAACGAUUUAGGACAAUGGGAAUCCGAUCCCACCACGGUCCAAGAUUGUCUUCUUAAAUCCUUCAAACAUCGGUUCGUAUCCACUUCAGAUCCUAAUAGACAACUUGAUCUCUCCUUUCUGCCACAUUGGAUUUCUCAGGAACAACAAAACGAUCUCAUCCAACCCUACUCUGAUGAGGAAAUUAAAGAAGCUUUCUUCUCAAUGGAUCCGCUCAAAUCUCCGGGAUCGGAUGGGUUUGGUCCGCAGUUUUUUAAAGCUUACUGGCCAAUAAUUGCUCCAGAAGUUACUACUGCAAUCAAGGGCUUUUUCUACCAUGCCAAACUCCCCAAAGCCCUGAAUCACACCAUAAUUGCUCUUAUUCCCAAAAAUGAUAACCCAGAAAAUCCCAAUCAUUUUCGACCCAUCAGCCUAUGUAAUACCAUCUAUAAAGCAAUAUCGAAAUUAUUAGUCAACCGACUAAGACCUAUUCUCCAACAUCACAUAAGCCCCUAUCAGAAUGCCUUUACGGCCGAACGUUCUAUCCACGAUAAUUUACUGAUAGCACAAGAAAUUUUAAAUACCUUCCAAAAAUCCACUUCAAAGGUUGGAUGGUGUGCGCUUAAACUCGAUAUGGAAAAAGCUUAUGAUAGAAUCGAAUGGGACUUCCUUUGGGCCGCCCUUUACGCCCUUGGAUUCCCGGACAAGUGGAUUACCUGGAUUAAAGCUUGUGUUACAACAGUCUCUUACUCUCUUAAAAUCAACGGCUCUACAACGCAUCACUUCUUACCUUCGAGAGGUAUCCGCCAAGGAGACCCUCUAUCCCCGUAUCUCUUUCUUAUCUGUAUGGAAGUUUUCAUUUUUAUGCUUUCCCAAAGUAGCACACUUCCGAACUCAGGAAUUGGAAUCCGUAUUGCCCCUCUCACUCCGAAAAUUCCCUGCCUCCUGUUUGCUGACGACAGUCUUCUGUUUGUUAAAGCUACUUCAUCAGCUACAAAUCAUUUAAAAUCUGUGAUAACUUCCUUCUGCAACUUAUCAGGUCAACUAGUCAAUUUUCAUAAAUCGGCGAUCAUCUUCUCAAAAAAAAUAGAACAUUCCCGUAGAGAUUUACUUGCUGGGAAUUUCUCUAUGACUAAAUCUGCCUCACUCGGAAGAUAUCUAGGUGCCCACUUCUCUUCAUUUAAACCUUCCAAAUCAGACUAUAAUGCGAUAAUCCAGAAAAAUAUCUCUCGGAUCAACCAUUGGCAUGCAAAUUUCAUUUCUAAAGCAGGUAGGUCUACCCUCAUUCAAAGUAAUCUCGAAGCACUACCGGCUUACGUCUGCUCCUCCUUCUUAUUACCUCAAAAAACAUGCUCGAAUUUAGACUCUAUCCAUCGUAACUUCUUCUGGAAACAAUCCGCUUCCUCUAACCAUACCCCGCUUAUCUCAUGGAACAAGAUUUGUCAACCUAAAAGUCUAGGGGGUCUAGGGCUCAGGAAAACAAGACCUCUUAACCAAGCCUUCCUUGCGAAGCUUGGCUGGAAAAUCUUAAUGAACGAAGAAAACCUCUGGGUCUCAUUAAUUAGGAAAAAAUAUCUCUCCAACUCAACCUUUUUUGAAUAUAUUCCUAAACCAAAAGACUCCUCUAUCUGGCGUCAUAUCCUUUGCCAAAGAGAGAUUCUGCGCAAAGGUAUUCGUUGGAAACUCGGGAACGGCAAAUCUAUUAAUUUCUGGCUUGACAACUGGGUUAUCCAGGAUAAUCUCCUUAGUCACAUAAAAUUGAAUAUCAAUACAGUUAAUUCGAAUCUACGUGUUGCUGAUUUCAUCCUCCCUAACCACGAAUGGGAUAGUGAUAAAUUAAAAUCUAUAGUUCCUCCCGCCUUAGCUAUGAAAAUUAAGGGAUUACCUAUUCCAACUAGAGACCUUGAGGAUUCUCCAAUUUGGGGAGCUACUUCGACGGGAGAGUUUUCCGUCAAAUCCGCGACUUGGAUAGCUCAUGGGUUACUUUUCUCUUCCUAUACUUGGAACUAUAACUGGAUCUGGAGCUUAGACGUCCCACCUAAAAUUGCUAUUUUUAUAUGGCAAAUUUGCCAUAAUAGCAUUCCUGUACGAAGUACACUCCAGAAACGUAAUAUCCUGCCUUUUGAUGUUUGUCCACUUUGUGAUACUUAUGCUGAAACUAUGAAUCAUCUUUUCAUUCAAUGCCCUUCCUCUAAACUCUUGUGGGAUCUCCAAUUAACUAAACACUGGCUGGAUUAUUUUAUCACCUCCCACGACCUUCUUGAAAAUCUAACCCUUCUCAGGAAGUACCCCUCUGCUUUAUGUAAGUUCACCUUCCUAAUUUGGUCCCUUUGGAAGGAAAGAAACGAUUGUACUUUCAACAAUGCGUCCUUCAACCCAUUCCGGGUUUUCUACAAGGCAAACUCUGCUUACCAUGAAUGGCAAUCUCGUCUCCAACUUGACUAUCACCAGCUUACGGGCACCCCUAUCACUACCCUCAAUUCCACCCCUCCACCUCUCCCUUCCCCUCCAAUCAUGGUUCGCUGGUACCCCCCUCCACUCGGCACCUUCAAACUCAACUUCGACGGCUCCAGUAAAUCUUCUUCAGCAGCAGCAGGAAUCAUCAUCCGUAAUAAUGAAGGAAUUUCAAUUUCAGCAUGUACUUUUAAUCUUGGUCAAACUCAAGCCUUCAUGGCUGAAGCCAUCGCUCUCCACAAAGGUCUACAAGAAGCUAGGCGUCUUCAGAUCGAUAAUCUCCUUAUCGAAGGUGAUAAUCUUCUUAUCAUUAAUGCAGUUAAAGGGGUGUGGUCUACUCCUUGGAAGAUCAGUAACAUUAUUUCUGAUAUCAAACAUCUCCUCACCCUCUUUACCACGUGGGAUAUCAAGCACAUUUUCAGAGAAGCAAAUUCGGCUGCAGAUUGGAUAGCGAAUGUCGGUCACCUAAUUGUUGAAAAUAUGUAUAUAGAUCCUACUAAUAGCCAGAGAUUAGCUACUAUCUUGUCAUCAGAAAUAACACCAAUUCCCCUAAUGCAAGAUCCUAACAGUGUCCAUUCCUCUGAAAAUCCAUAUGCAGCAGUUGUCUCUGAUAAAUUCGAUAGAGAAGGUCUAAACAAGGUUCGUUUCAUUGAUGGUUCUUUGCCUAAAUCAUCUAUUAAUCAUGCUGAUUACCAAGCUUGGGAUAGGUGCAACAAUAUGAGUGCGAGUGAGAUUUCUCAAGGUGACAACAAUAUUACUGAUUUUUUCACUAAUAUCAAAAUGAUCUGGAUGAGUUGA